AUGAACAAGUUUCUCAAUCGCCCACUAACACCAAAACGCUCCAAAGUUCAAAGAUCAAUUGGAGAAUCAGAGAAGAAUCAGGAAAAUGUGAUACCUGCGCAGAAAUCGAAGAAAAUUGAUGAAAAAUCGAGUAACGAGAUUUUGGUUGGUUUUUUUAAAGUUUAAACGCAUAAAAACUUUGAGCAUUUUCAGCACGAAGCGAUUUUCGACAAUGAGGCCGAGCUAGUCCAUCAGAUUCUAUCAAAAAAUCGACCUUUCGACCAGAAUUUCUCGAAAACGAUGACAAAAAUGCGAUUUGCGCCGCAAUCCGAAGAAUACAUGCUGCUCUCGUGCGACGAAUCAGUGAUUUCACAAUUUGUCGAAAAUCAGCGAUUAACAAUUCGCGGCGAGCCGAAUGCCGACGCUGUUUUGUGCACCGAAACGCAAAGUUUCCCGCUGAAAAUCGUCGAAUCCGCCACAACAGUUCUUUUGAUGAAAGAGAUGCUGAAAGCGCCUGUGGAAGCUGAAAACGAGACGGCGGCGGCGAAUUUCGAGUUUCGAAAAAUCGACGCAAAGUGCUAUGCGUUGGGCGAGAUUUGUGCGAAAUCGGAGAUUUUACACGGCAUUUCGAGACUCAAGGAUUUGUUGCAUGAAAAUGAGUUGGAAUGGGUCGUGGCGGAAAAUUCGAAAAAUGGGAAAAUUUAUGGAAUGUCGGAUUUAUUGAAGUAUGUGCAAAUGAGCCGGAAGGAGAUUGAAAUUGCGAUUGAGGAUUUGCCGGUGGUUAAGAUGAGCAAUGGUGAGGAUUUUUGUGAGAAAAUUGAGAAAAAUUGAGGAUUUUCAACACAAAAUUCAAACUUCAGAAGAAAAUUGUCGAUUUUUUUCUGAUUUUUAGCUGAAAAUCUAGUUUUUUUUCAAAAAAAUCAAGAUUUCUUUGCAAAAUUUUGCAAAAUUCACCUCAAAUCCCCAAAUUUCCAGGAAAAUAUCAAUAUUUAUCUCACAAAUAUCGCGGCGAACUUCAAAGUCUCCUCGUAGAAGCGCUCGACAACGACGAGCUAACCAUGGAAAAUAUGAAUUUCGAAAAAUUGCGCCAAAUUUGGCCGGUUGGCAAUGUGCCAAACGAGAUUAUUCACUGGUUUUUGGAGCGGAAAUGUGUGAAGAAUUCAGGUUCAGGAGAAAAUUUCACAAUUGUGGAAGAUGAGUUGAUUCGAGAUUUGAUCAAAAUUGUGAUGUACGCGAAGAAUAAAAUGGGAUUCAGGCAUUUUCAGGAGAUUAUUGAGAAGAUUUUGCCAUUCGGAAUGAAGAUUCAGUAAGUUUUCCAGAAGCUGAAAAGCCCCUCCUCACUAUUUUUUCUUCAGAGAAUCGCAUUUCGCUGGGCUCUGCGAAUUCGAAGACACUCCCAACGGCGAAAAAUCGAUAAUUUAUCUAUCACCCGAAGAUUUGCCUGAUGCGAUUUCUGAUCGAUUCCGCCAUCUGUUCACAAUUCGAAAAUUAUGGCAAAUGGAAGAAUUGCGACCGUAUUUUGGUGAUUUAUUCAAGUCUCGCGUUGCUUUUGAUAAAUAUUUGGUACAACAUUUGGAAUAUACAUUGGAUCAACAAAAUCAGCUUUUCUAUUGUGGAUUGAAAUAA